AUGGCAGCCUUUGACGUGAUCACAGAGGCGCUUCUGGUGGGCCUGAGUAUUCGACUGGUGUGGGGAGUCCAGAUGCGCCGCACUCAAAAGGUCGGCGUCAUUGGGGCCUUUGGCACUCGAAUCCUGAUUGUCGCCCUUAUCAUUCUGCGCCAACGUUACCUCAAUCGGGUUGGAUUGAACAAUCUACUGUUGGGCAUGUCGAAUGUAGUGGUGACCACCGAAGUCCUCCUGCACAGCAGUCUCAUGGCGGCGACGGUGCCCUGCCUCAAGCCGUUUGUGAUCGCCUUCAACACGGGCUGGGGUCAGGGCGGCCAGAAAGAUGGCUCCUAUCUGCGGUCGGAAACUAGCGAGGGCCCUCCAUCCAAGGCCCAAUCGCGUCCAUAUCCGGCAGAUGACGAGAUUAUCAUGAUUCCGCCAGCGGGAACAAGGGAGUGUGAGGAAAAUCUGGAGGAGGCAAGCGGGGGAUUGGUGAUCCAUGAGACCCGCGAGUGGAGUCUACGAACAGAGUAUAUCGAGAUGCAGCCGCUCAAGGGCUCGGUGGCGUUGUAA